CUAAUGAAUAUAGUAAAAUAUGGGCAUCUUACCACACUAGAUGAGCAGAUUCUGGAUUCAACCAAGGAUGAGGGUGAGGGUGAUACUAAGAUCAAAAGUGAAGUUGAGGCAAAGGCUGCCGCGAAAAAUAUAUUUCGCAAUGUGGCUAGGCCUGGCUCCAAGCACAUCUACCUGGAGGAUUUGUUGCGUUUCAUGCAAGAAGACGAGGCUUUAAAGACCAUGAGUCUCUUUGAAGGGGCCUCUGACAGCAAGAGAAUCAGCAAAACUUCCUUGAAAAAUUGGGUGGUAAGCAUCAACUGGCAAGUUGUCUACUGGACAGAAUUGUUAGGUUUUAAGGUUUGGUUAUGUUAGAUGUAGGCAAGGAAAAAGGAAUUGAGUUCAUCAACCAAAAACUAAGAAACCUAACAGCAUGUAAUCAUAGGCAACAAUUUCUUAUAUUACUGUAAAUAAGAACUCAUGAACUCAGAAUUUUAAAAGCCCCAUCUGUUCAAAACACUGACUAAUGGAUGAUUGUCCUUUUA